ACUUGUAGAUCCGCGACAUUUUCGAUAACAACAGUUAAUGGUUUACGGCACCUGCCCUCGUUGCGCUUGUGGUGGAGGAAGGUGGACAUUAUGAGAGCUUACUUUGGGGACUGUUUCUUUAGUAAGUAACUGCUGCUGUCAUUCGGGUUGCCUUAAGGAUGGAUCCAGUGGUUCUGAGCUACCAGGACAGUCUCCUGCGGCGCUCAGACGUGGCACUUUUAAACGGACCCCACUGGCUCAACGAUCAGGUCAUAGGUUUUGCUUUUGAAUAUUUUGCAACAGACCGCUUCAAAAGUUUGGGUGAGAAGGUCUGUUUCAUCAGCCCUGAAGUCGCUCAGUUUAUAAAGUACGCCUCAUGUCAAGAGGAACUGGCCAUUUUCCUGGAACCCCUGACUCUUGCGUCUCGUCAUUGGGUCUUUUUGGCUGUCAAUGACAACUCAAAUCAAACAGCUGGCGGCUCCCAUUGGAGCCUGCUCCUCUAUCGGCGAGACACCGGCCAGUUCUCCCACUAUGACUCCCAGAGUGGAAGCAACUCACUGCAUGCCCGGCGUAUCGCAGCCAAGUUGGAGUCUUUUCUAGGCAGUGGAACAAAAGUGCCCUUUGUGGAGGAGCAAUGCCCCUCACAGCAGAACAGCUAUGACUGUGGCAUGUAUGUGAUCUGUAAUGCCGAGGCUCUAUGCGAGAGCGCUAGAGUUGAGGGUUGUCCCUACCUGCCCGCUCAGAUCAUAACACCCACCUACAUUACACGGAAACGGACAGAAUGGUAUUCACUAAUACAGAGACUCGCCAAGGAAUGACUAGCUGACCUUUUACAUCAUGCGACAUCACCGUCACAUACGCAUGAACUGUAUUACUUAUUUAUCGUACUCAAUCCUACCCAAAGGAUGCACAAAAUAAACUGCAUUUUGAAACAGCAUGCACUUCUCAAAAAUUGUUUUUCAAACUUUUAAAUGCUUAGUUUACACACAAACAAAAAUCCCAUCGUAUUACUCACCUCGCUCCAAUCCCAAAAUGAGAAGUUAAAUGCAGAAUUUUCCCACUGCUUUUUGCAUAUAAUGAAAGUGAAUUUAGACUGCUCUGUCAAGCUCCAACAAUUAGAAAAUAGCACCAUUGAAGGGAUAGUUCACCCAUAGAUUAAAAUUGCUAAAAAUUGACUCACCCUUAAACCAUCAGAUGAAUUUGUGUUUUCAUCUGAACUGAUUUGAGAAAAACAAUGGAUCCUUUGCAGUGAAUGGGUGCCGUCAGAAUAAGAGUCCAAAAAGCUGAUAAAAACAUCACAAUAAUAACAAAUAAUAACAAUAACAAGUAUUCCACACGACUCCAGUCCAUCAAUUGAUGUCUUGUGAUGUCUCCAUGUUUGUAAGAAACAAAUCCAUCAUUAAGGCAUUUAAACUUUAAACCUUCACAGCUGGCCAGAAUACCAGUCCAUAAUCCAUAAGAACACUUCCUUCCAGUGAAAAAGUCCAUCCCCUGUUGUUCUUGUACAUCAAAGUCCACUAAAUAUUUUUUUGGGACUGUUUUAGAUGAGACAUUGGAGAAAGCUACGUUGUAGAUAGAGGACUUAGCUGGAAGCAACGUCUUAAUGGAUUUGUUUCUUACAAGCUUCACAAGACAUUAAUUUGAUGGAUUGGAGACAUGUGGUUUGCUUGUGGAUUAUUGUGAUGUUUUUAUCAGCUGUUUUGUCUCUCAUUCUGACGGCACCCAUUCACUACAGAGGAUCCAUUGGUGAGAAAGUGAAGUAAUGCUACAUUUCUUCAAAUUUGUUGAGGAAACAAACUAAUCUAAAUCUUGUCCUGAGGGUGAGUUAGUUUUUAACAAAUGUAAUUUUUUUUUGGAUAAAUUAUUCCUUUGACGUAUCAAAAAAUAGUUAUUUCUCUCCACUGCAGCUCUUAAAUGAAAUAUUAAUUGGCUUAUAUUUUAAUAUGCCAUGUGGAAACACAUCAUGCCAGACUUGGUCUUGUGAAGGAAAAGUAAGAUUUUUACUGAAUAAAGAUGGAAAUUCUUCUGUUUCUCACACAGAUUUAUCAUAUGUUUUAAGUAGAUUUAAAAUAAAUAAGUCAUUCAAACUAUGUCUGUAAUGGUUGCACACUGUAAAAAAGUUUUUACCAUUUUCAACUUAAAAACUUAAGUUCAGCAGCUGCCUUAAUUUUAAGUUAAAUCAACUUAAAACUACAAGUCAUUUUAACUCAUUACAAUAAAAUGAGUUUAAAUGACUUGUACUUUUAAGUUGAUUUAACUUGAGUUGAAAUGACUUGUACUUGUAGCUGCUAAACUUAAGUUUUUAAGUUGAAACUGGUGAAAACAACAGUGCCUAAAUUUUUGUUCAUAUUUUGAACUCGACAGCCUCAGUUCCAUUCACUUUCACUGAAUGAAAAUAAGCUGUGUCAGUAUUCUGCAAAACACCUACCAUUAAGGAAAUAAAGUCAUACAAGGGUGAGUAAAUAAUGACUUUUAAGAAAACAUCUAUGAUCUUUUAUCUAUUCAUAAGAGGGAAUAGACUUGUGAUCAGUAUAACCAAUCAGUUAGCAGCACAAGUUGGUAGAUUCAGAAUGUAUUAUUGCCGAUUAGUUUAGAUUAGUAGCAUGAAGUGAGUAGCUGAAUGUGAUGCUUGUUUACAGGACCUUUUGCUCAGGGCUUAUUUUGAGAAGAGUGCAGAUGACAAAGAAUGUGAUCUGUGUUAUUACUGUCUAAGCUACCGUUUGCUAUGGAAUUGUAGUAUGUGCUAUUACAACACACGGGCUGAACAGAAAUACAGUAGAGUAGUUUUUAUUUAGCCAAGUGCAUCCUCUCGCUGAGCUGAAAACAUGCUUCGUAACCUCACACCAGCAAAUGCAUGAUUGUGUGACAGUUUAUUCUGCAGCUACCAGUUUUCUUACAACUGAAUGAAGCCAAUAAGAAUGAGCACAUUAUAUAUCAUGCCAAUAUUAAAAAAAAAACUGCAUGCAGGGAACACACGUGUCUGUUGCGGUGCAGUUCACUUUGCUAUACAAGUAAUACUGACCUCAAUUACCAUCAUGAUUCAGUUUUGUCCUAGGGAGGCAUUUAAUUUUCCUCUGUCAUGUGUUUUAUUAAUAAGGUGAAGUGUUGAUUCAUUGGUCUUUUUUUUUUUUUUUUAAUUUGUGAAUUAUAUAUUUGCAUAAGAGAUGGUUGUGCUGAUCUAAAGCAAGACCAGACUGAGUUUGGACACAUACAGAUUCGGACACAUUAGAGUUCUCUAGUGUUACUGAAUUACCAAUUCUACAUUGAAAUGUUCAGCAUUGUAGUGUUUCUUUUUAAAUGACUAAUAAUUUAUCAAAUUGUUUUAAUGUGACAUUAAGAAAAUUCUUAAUGAAAAUAAAAAAGGGGUUAAGUGAAA